UGCAGGUAGCGGAGAGCGCCAUGGAGUUUUCUGCAACUUUUCUCCUGUCGGUGCUGAUCGUGGCUCUCCUCUGGUUCGUGUCUGGUAAAAACACGAAGAAGUACCGUUUGCCUCCUGGACCCAGUCCGCUGCCUCUCAUAGGAAAUCUGCUGCAACUGGAAAAGACAGCGCCGUUUAAAAGUUUCCUGGAGUUCAGUAAAACCUACGGUCCUGUGAUGACCUUUAACCUGGGCUGGCAGCGGGUCGUUGUUCUGGUCGGAUACGACGCGGUGAAGGAAGCUUUGGUGGACCAAGCGGACGACUUCACAGGCAGAGCGCCGGUGGCGUUUCUGUACAGAGCCACCAGAGGAUACGGUAUUGGGAUCAGUAACGGUGAGCGCUGGCGUCAGCUGCGGCGCUUCACUCUGUCGACUCUACGAGACUUUGGGAUGGGACGCAAAGGGAUGGAGGAGUGGAUCCAGGAGGAGAGCAAACACCUGAGGGCGCGCAUGCGCUCCUAUAAAGGUGAACCUUUUGACCCGACCAGCUUGCUGAGCCGCACCGUGUCCAACGUGGUCUGCUGCCUGGUGUUUGGACAGCGCUUCAGCUACGAGGACAAGCACUUUGUGAAUCUGCUGGCUGUCAUAACUAUGAUCGUCAGGUUCAACAGCAGCCCUAAGGGCGUGAUGUACAACAUCUUCCCGUGGCUCAUGGAGCGACUUCCUGGCAAGCAGCACGCCGUUUUUGCAAAGGUCGAGGAGAUCCGAGACUUUGUCCAGACGAAGAUCCGAGAACACGAAGACAGUCUGGAUCCCAGCUCUCCCAGAGACUUCAUCGACUGCUUCCUCAUCCGAGGUCAUGAGACUCCAUGUCCUGCUGUUUUCCCGCAGGACACUGUGAUCGUACCGCUGCUGCACUCUGUGCUGAAAGAGGAAAAGCAAUGGGCAACUCCGCAUUCCUUCAACCCGCAGCACUUUCUAGACCAGAAUGGCAACUUCAAGAAAAACCCAGCAUUCCUCCCUUUUUCUGCAGGGAAAAGAGCCUGUGUGGGCGAGUCUCUGGCUCGUAUGGAGCUUUUUAUCUUCAUAGUGAGUCUCCUGCAGGACUUCACCUUCACCUGUCCUGGAGGCCCCGACAGCAUUAACCUGGUUCCGGAGUACAGCAGCUUCGCCAACGUGCCUCGUUCUCACAAAAUCAUUGCGACGCCGCGAUGAAAGAGAAAAACUGUUUUCAUCUAAAUAUGAGCAAAACUUUGUCAAUAUUCUGAUAAUGUCGGAAAAAAUAUACA